GGAGCGAGCGCGUGUUCCGCAGGUCCGCAGUUUACAGAUUAAUAAGGUUAAUAACGCGACUGAGUGUGUAACUCAGAUGCUUAAUCGUACUGCUUGAUCAUUUAAUUCUGCACCUGUUGUUUCUUGCUUAUUGUUUUGGAGGAGAGCUACGACAGGGAAGCGAUGGAUGGUGUUUUAACAGAUGAGGAAGAUGACUGCCCGGAGCUUGUUCCUAUUGCAAGAAAGCAGGCUAUAUCCACUGAGCAAAUCCCAGUUACCAUUAUCACUGGUUAUUUGGGUGCCGGAAAGACGACACUUUUGAAUUACAUAUUAACAGAGCAGCAUAAUAAGAGAAUUGCUGUCAUUCUGAAUGAAUUUGGAGAGGGCAGCGCCCUGGAGAAGUCCUUGGCGGUGAGCCAGGCGGGAGAGCUGUACGAGGAGUGGCUGGAGCUGAGGAACGGGUGUCUCUGCUGCUCUGUGAAGGAUAAUGGCUUGAAAGCUAUAGAAAAUCUCAUGGAGAAGAAAGGAAAAUUUGACUAUAUACUUCUGGAGACGACAGGCCUGGCUGACCCUGGAGCGGUGGCCUCCAUGUUCUGGGUAGACGCAGAAUUGGGCAGCGAUGUUUAUCUCGAUGGAAUCAUUACAGUAAUAGAUGCAAAAUAUGGAAUGAAGCACCUGACCGAAGAGAAGCCUGACGGCCUAGUUAACGAGGCGGCCAGGCAGGUGGCCCUGGCUGACCUAGCCAUCAUCAACAAGACUGACCUGGUGGGCGAAGAGGAGCUGAGGCAACUCAGAGAGACAGUGAGAUCAAUGAACGGCCUUGUAAGAAUUUUAGAAACACAGAAAUCCAGGGUCGACUUAUCCCAAGUGCUAGACUUGCAUUCCUUCGACAGCAGAGGUGGAGCGCGGCUGCAGGAAAAGCUAGAAGCUGCGAAAACAGUACAACCACAUCUAGAUAAGACGAUUUUGACCGUGACCUUUGAAGUAUCUGGCAGUAUUUCUGAAGAUGACUUAAAUGUAUUUAUUCAGAAUCUUUUGUGGGAGAGGUCGUACAAGAACAAAGCUGGAUUGGUCAUGAAUGUUAUAAGAUUAAAGGGUAUUGUAUCACUGCGGGAAAAGGCCCAUCAGAUGAUUCUCCAAGGGGUGCAUGAGCUGUACGAUCUGGAGGAGACCCCGCAGGUGUGGAGUGAAUCUGCACCCCGAGUCAGUCGCCUCAUUUUCAUAGGAAGGAAUCUAGACCAGGAGGUCCUGCAAGAAGAAUUCAUCGCUGCUGUAGUCAAUGGAGAGAGCAUGGGCUAACACAAAAACUCUUUGUCAUUCUUCUGGUAAAUUUCACAUUGUAUCGCUGUAUGUCUCUCCAUCCCUAAAAUAUACAGCUGGGGUGUCCUGUGUGAUUGGUCUCCAUCAUCCGUACAGAACAUUAGACAGUCUGAGUCCUCAAAUCACUCUCAGCACUGCAGAGAUGCACUAUGAUGUAUUACAACUACUGCUCAAAAUGUACUGCAGAGUCACUUUACAAAUAUCAGUGUGAUAACAUUCAGUUUUGAAAAUUUGAAACUGAUCCCCCCCAUUUUUAUAAUCAAUGAAACGUUUCUAAACUGUCUGCAAUUUAAAUUGAUCUUUAAUGGAGAUAAUUUCAGUAAUGUAUUUUCCAUAACGUCUUAUGAAGUAAAUUCUAGCACUGCGUUUUUAAACAAACAAGCAAAAAAAACUCAAAGCUGUUUGCUAACGAUUAAUUGUCCUUGAAGGUUUACUGUUUUGCGUAUUAAAUUAUAAGAAUCGUAAUUUUAGUCUAUAGUUUGUUUUUGUUUCUGAUUUAUAUAAUAGUAAACUUUUCAUGAAUUUGUUUGCGACUUUGAUAGUAUAGUUAUAAUAAAUUGUAUUUUGCUGUUA